AUGUCAGUCGUAUAUUGGAUUCUAUUAACCGCAUUACUCGGAUAUAUCUUUUUGAAAAGAAAAACAAAAAAAAAUAUUGAAAAGAUUGCAAGUGAAGGAUUAAAAAGUUUACCUGAACCGCCGGGGAAAAAACCGUUUAUUGGUCAUGCUCAUCUAUUAGUGCGUCCAGGUCUUGGCAAACUAUGCACAAAAUGGAAAAAGACAUUGGGAGAUAUUUUGGCGUUGCAAGCAGUCACCCUAAAUAUUGUAGUACUUAAUAGUGCGAAAGGUGUUGGCGAUUUGUUUCAAAAACGAGGCGCGAGUUAUUCUUCACGCAACGGGACCUUCAUUCUCUGGGAAAUCGUUGGACGAAAGAUUUGUUUUAUUCUGUCGCCUUACAACGAUUGGUAUAAAAAAAUGACGCCAAUAGUGCACGGAAUCUUUAACAAAAGCAAAAUAGAAACGUUCAUUGACUUAAUUACAGAAUGCUGCAAUGACCUAGUAACCAACCUAAAAAAUGCACAAAACUCCGAUGGAAUAUUUCCACGUCCAUACCUAGAGCACACAACUCUCAAUAUAAUUCUCAACAUUAUCUAUGGUACGAAAUCAAGCGGCAUCCAAGAUCCCUUAUACCUAAAACUCGUUUCGUUAACUCACGUCUGGUUCAGUUUUGGCAACAUCAAAGCUCGAAUUUAUGAUUGGUUCCCGCCUUUGCGCAACUUUUUGACAGGAAAAAUGUCAAUUAUGCCUAGUGCUUUGGAGAACCGCGAUGAAUGGGAAAAAGUUCUGGGUGAGUUGUUGGAGAAGGUUAAGAGAGACGAAAAGAAGACUCCAUGUAUAGCGAGAGAUCUUUUGGCGAAGGUUGAAGAAGGGGUGAUUACGGAGUUAGAAAUUUCUCAUUUGAGUAUUAGUUUGAUCAUUGCAGGGAUGGAAACCACAGCAUCGAGUCUUACUUGGAUUCUGGCUGCAAUUGCAAAUAAUCCCGAAAUUCAACUUCGCGCACAAAAAGAACUUGAUUCAGUUGUGGGGCAAUCAAAACUUCCAUCUCAUAAAGACUUGCCUUCUCUCCCAUAUAUUCGUGCGAUAGUCAAGGAAGGUCUACGCUGGGCACCACCGAUACCAAUGGGAGUAGGACACUUAACAGAACAAGACGACGAAUACAUGGGAUACCACAUCCUGAAAAACUCUGUAGUACUCCUUAACAUGCUCGCGAUACAUUCCGAUCCAACGCGAUAUCCGAACCCGCAUAUUUUCAAUCCGGAUCGGUAUUUGGGUGUUACAGAGAGUGCAGCGACUUUAGCUCGAGGAAAUCCGGAAAAACGGGAUCAGUUUGCAUUUGGUGCUGGACGAAGGCUUUGUGUUGGAAUCCAUUUGGCUGAACUAGAACUUGAAAACUUGCUCGCAUCUAUACUAGCAGCUUUCAAAAUCGAGAUUCCUCACUCAAAAAACGAAAGUUCAUCCAAACUCAUAGAUGUAAGCAAGUAUUCAUUCCAAGGAGGCGCGCAAUGGAUAAGUCCAUAUAAAAUUUGUUUCAUUCCAAGAUCUUAA